UCGGUGGAGGAUGGCACGCGUCCUGAAUGCACUUCCACUCUAGUGCACAGUACUACAUUUAGGCCAACAGAUUAGACAUCAUUUAAGUGGUGUUAUGUGAAUUGUUAAAUUCUAUUGUAGAAUGUUAUAUAGAGUGGAAAUUGUGAAAAUGUUAAGCAAUAUUUCAAUCAAAAAAUAUCCAUAAUUUUCUAAUCUUGUCACUAAGCAGCGAAUCAUCCUAUCUGAAACACAGCCAAAAAAUCGUUAUCAGCUUCUUCACAGCUUCAUCCUUUGUUCGCGCAGUCGCAGUUUAUCGUUGCAAUCGCGGUGCAGCUGCAGAAAAACGGCCAGUCUCUAAGUGACUCUCAUUGAGCAAGCAGCCAUGUCACUUAAGUUUGAUGAGCAGGGUGCACCCUUUAUCGAGAUGGGCCCCGACAUUUGCCUCAAGCUGGACCUCAGCGAAUACGACGAUGACGUGGAGUGUGUAGGAAAGGCGCGGGAGGAGCUGCGUGAAACGCCGGAAGUUGUCCAGGAAAGUUUGGCGGAGUUUAGGAGUUUGCUGAAAGAACACUCUGAUCUGAACAUCCCCGUUGAUGAUGAUGCGUUCUUGAAGAAAUUUCUGCGACCAACAAAGUAUUAUCCUCAAAGUGCUUUAAAUAUGAUAUUAGGAUGGUAUAAGUUCAAAGCCAACAAAAAGUUUGUCACAGACGACAUGUCGACAAACCGCAUCAGGGUUGCUCUCGAAGAGAAAAUUGUUCAAUUAUUGCCGAAAAGAGACCAACUUGGAAGACGGAUCAUUUUCGUAGAAAUGGGAUCGAAAUGGGACUGCUCAAAGGUGUCCUACCCGGAGCUGGUUCGCGCUGCGCAGGCCAUGAUCAUAAUUGCCCUGUUGGAACCUCGCACCCAGCUGCACGGCAUUCAGUUCGUGGCCAACUUUGACCGGAUGAGCCUGGCCCAUUUGGUGCAAUUUACACCAAAGUUUGCAAAAUUAUCCGUUGAUUGCAGUCAGAAGUACACACCGAUGCGGACCAAAGAGAUUAAUCUUGUGCACAACUCAGAGGUGUUCAAUGUUAUGUUUAAGAUUUUCAAACCAUUUCUGGGGCAGAAGUGGAAUAAACGGAUUCACUUCCAUGGCAACGAUAUGAACGGUCUUCACAAAUAUAUUGAUGCCGAUUGCUUGCCACUUAGUUUGGGAGGAACUUUGGACUAUCCCGAGGUGGAAGGGAAAGUGAUGGCGGACUUUGUGGAGCAGUACGAGUGGCAUUUGAAACAAUUAAACUCAUACGGUUACAAGGAAGAGGAGAAGUAGAAGAUAUAUUAUGUUUGGUAUGUUUUUAAAGGCACAUGCUGUUAUUUAUUUUUAUUAAAUAAACUUGAAAUUUAUGUUUGUUUCCACUU